AGUGGGGGGGAGAUGAAAUGGUCCCGGGAACAGGAAGGAGAAAGCUGCAAUUCCGAGCAUAUUUUAAAUUUUGAACAAAACAGAAUAAAUGCCUUUAUUGGCUUGAGGUAUUUGCGUUGUUGUGAUAAUAGUUUCCGUGAAGAGUGCUGUUGGUCAUGGGUAGCGCUAUAGUCCGCAAUUCGGUGGCUGUAAACCUAACCUACUAAACGUGUGUAUUCGGCUGUUGAUUAUCAUGGAAAAUGUGGAGUUUAAUUUAAAGUGCUUAAAAACCUUAGAUUCCAAGCAGGGCGCUGUAAGGGCGGUCAGAUUUAAUGUUGAUGGCUCCUACUGCUUAACAUGUGGUGCAGACAAGAAGCUUAAGCUAUGGAAUCCACAUAAAGCACUUCUACUGAAGACAUACAGUGGACAUGCAGAUGAGGUGCUAGAUGCAUGCAGUUCGUGUGACAACAGUCAGAUUGUAUCAUGUGGACAAGACAAGUCGGUGAUAUUGUGGGAUGUAAGCUCGGGUACACCACUGCGCAGAUUGCGUGGACAUGCUGCACGUAUCACUUCUGUGCGGUAUAAUGAAGAGUCAACAGUAGCUGUGUCAGGCUCACAGGAUAACACAAUCAUGUGCUGGGAUGUGCGCAGUCGAAACGUCAGACCUAUCCAGGUGAUGCGAGAUGCAAAGGAUGGUAUCACAUCUGUUGCGGUAACUGAUCAUGAGAUUGUGACAGGAUCACUGGAUUGCAAGGUGCGACGUUAUGACAUCAGAGCAAACAGAUUAUUCUCCGACUUCAUAGGAGAUGCAGUGACAUAUGUGAGUAUAACACGUGAUGGACAGUGUCUGGUUGUGAGCAGUGCCGACAACAUGGUGCGGCUGCUGGACAAAGCAAGUGGAGACUUGCUGGGAGAAUAUUCUGGACACCACACGGGUGACUUCUGCAUGGAGAGUUGUGUGGACAACCGAGAUCACCACGUUUUAUCUGGCUCUAUAGAUGGAGACAUUUGGUGCUGGGACCUGGUGCAGGGGACAGUCACUGCAAGACUGACACAUGAUAAGGGACACAUUGUGCACUCACUGAGUUCACACCCCUCUCAGCUAUUCCUGGUGUCUGCAUCCCGUGGCAGUGUCAAGUUGUGGGGCAUGCCAGAUGAGGAACUUUAAUUUGUCGUCACUGUAUUCAAAUUCCACAGUACAAAAUGGGAUGUUUUUGUUUUACUCAGGAAACUAAGGCUUUGCUCUUCUUAGUCUAACUGAAGAUAUUUUUCAGGUGUACUUCAUGAAUUGAACAAUGUAAGAUUUAUGGCAGGGUAGGAGUUAACAUAUGCCCAAUUGAUUUUCAUUCAUUUACAGUUAUUAUAUUAACAAUGACUGAUGAACAUCUUCAUGCAUUGUUUGUCUACUGUGUACUAAGAUGAGUUAUCAUCAGAUGGACCCCAAAUAUCUCAAAUAUAUAUGUCACUUCCAAAGGUAGUGAUUAUAUAUUAUCAAAUGUUCAAUUGUUAUGCUUCUUAUUGUUGUGUCAUGUCUUUAAGUAUUGCUGUCUGAUAAUCCCUUUGACAUUAUUUUCUUAGUGAACUAGCCAUUCAGAUAUUGCACCAGUUAGAUGUCUGGGUACCUACUGUGAAAGGAAAAUGUAAAUAUCAUGUGCACUUAGACUAACUAACUAGAUGGCUUACUAUUUACCCUAUAAAUAAGUACACAUAAUAAUAAUAAUUCACAGAUUCUUAUGUUAUAUAACAAUUCUACAUAAAAAUAAAUAACUAAUUAAAUGGCUUACA